UGUAAUGUUUGGGCGAGUCUCUUUCCAAAUUCCAUCUUUGGAUAUUAUAUUUGGUCAGCUAUUAAAUUGACAAUAUUUGCCUUUAGUUUAUUCUUGUAAAAUAUCAUUAGAUAUAAUUAAAAAAAAAAAAAAAAAAAGUUCGUCUGAAGUUCUCCUGACAAGUGCACUGGCAAAGUGAGGACAGGCCCCAGGUGUGAUGAUUGGACUGCGUUGACGCCUCCACGCGGACACAUAACUCUUCAUUCGAAGGAGAACCGGGCCGAGGGGAGCACUGACCGUCCGCAGGUGAUGGCGUCGGUGAGAGUAGCGGUCCGAGUCCGUCCAGUGAACAAAAGAGAAAAGCAGUUGUCGUCGAAGGUGAUAAUUCGUGUGAACGGGAGCACUACAUCUAUUUAUAAGCCAUCGCCUGUUCGAGGGGUCGAGUUUAAGGACAGAGGGAAGGCCUUUCUAUUUGACUUCUCAUAUGAUUCAACUGACAGAGGAAGCCCCUUAUUUGCAUCCCAGGAGAAGAUUUUUCAUGACUUGGGGUCUGAUGUACUGAAAGCUGCAUUUGAAGGCUUCAACGCCUGUGUGUUUGCCUAUGGCCAAACAGGCUCAGGGAAAUCUCAUACCAUGAUGGGUCAUACAGGAGAUAAAGGUUUAAUCCCACGGAUCUGUGAAGGCUUGUUUUGGGAGAUAGCUCAGAGAGGCAAGAGUGAUGCUGUGUCAUUCUGUACAGAGGUCAGCUAUUUAGAGAUCUAUAAUGAACGUGUGCAGGACCUUCUCAAGAAGAGGACUACAGCUACAGAUGGUGGAUGCUUGAGAGUGAGAGAGCACCCCAGAGACGGGCCCUAUGUCCAAAAUCUGUCCAAGCACUUGAUACAUAACCACAGUGACAUGGAGGACCUGAUCAUUCUCGGAAACGCCAACCGCACCACAGCGUGUACGGGCAUGAAUGAUGUCAGCAGCCGCUCCCACGCCAUCUUAACCAUCAGCUUCAAGCAGGCGUGGUUUGAUAUGGAGUUGCCACGUGAGAUGUUGAGUAAGAUCCACCUGGUAGACCUGGCAGGCAGUGAGAGAGCUGAUGCCACAUGCACCACAGGCACCAGGCUGAAGGAAGGUGCCAACAUCAACAAAUCCCUGGUCACUCUGGGCAGUGUGAUCUCUGCUUUGGCUGACCUGUGCGUCGGAGGACAGUCAUCGAAGAAGAAGCAGAUAUUCAUUCCAUACAGAGACUCUGUGCUGACAUGGCUACUUAAAGACAGCCUGGGUGGAAACUCCAUGACUACUAUGAUAGCAACUGUUUCUCCUGCUGAUGUGAACUACGGGGAGACCCUGAGCACUUUGCGCUACGCCAGCCGGGCUAAAAACAUAGUGAACUCUCCCACAGUGAAUGAAGACAGCAGUGUGAAGGUUAUCAGAGAUCUGCAGGCAGAGGUUACCAGGCUCCAAAGGCUACUAGAAGAAGCCAAUCAGGUCUCCCGCGGGAAGCUGUCUUCCUCUGUGAAAGUCGAAGAGGAGCUGCAUCAGAAUGAGGCAAAGGUUCUUGCACUGACUAAGGAGUGGACCUGCAGAUGGAGAGAGACUCAGACUAUCCUGCAGGGGGAGGCUGUGGCUCUGAGGAAGGAGGGGAGUGGAGUGGUCCUGGACUGCCAGUUACCUCAUCUAAUAGGCAUUGAUAAAGAUCUUCUCAGAACUGGCAUCAUCCUUUAUUAUUUGAAAGAAGGGAGAACCCUGGUCGGGAGUGACAAAGCAUCACACAGUCAGGAUAUUGUGCUACAUGGGCCUGGGCUCCUCGGUGAACAUUGUGUGCUUGAGAACCGUGGUGGGGCCGUGACUCUGAUCCCUCAGGAUGGUGCACUGUGUUCAGUCAAUGGCUCUGUGGUCAACAGUCCCUACCAGCUGACUCAGGGUAGCAUCAUACAGCUCGGAAUAGGAACCAUACUAAGGUUUAACCACCCAACUGAAGCUGCCCAACUCAGAGAGAAACGCCAGAGCGGACUGCUGUCUGCCUUCAACUUGUCCUUGACUGACAUGUCCAAAUCUACUGAGAAUCUAUCCAAGGUGAUGCUACAAAAUCCUGGGACGAGGGUGGAAGUGAAGCUUGACCAACAGGAGGUGGCAUGGCAGCAGGUCCAAGAAAGCCUGAACAGAUGCAACCGGAACAUCAAAAGACUUCCAGAGGACAACAGUGGGGCUCCCAGUCAGCACAGAGCAGAUGAGAAGACAGGGGUGGCAGAGAUGGAAGAGACUGGUAACGGUCUGAUGGAUAAACUGGUUCCAGAGACAGCGGAGGCCAAAGUGCCAAGCAGUUGUUUUACCUCUGCCACAACAGAGAAGCUUGUAACUACAGCCAUACCUGGAAUAAAUCCUGUCCCUCAUACUAAUUUUGAGUCCGAUGGAGACACACUACAGGUUGGAGUAAGCACCAGGGAUCGCCAAGAUCAGGAGCGGGAGUUGUGUCAUAAAUCAAGGCCAGGGCUGAUGUCUGAGAGGCCGUGGAGAAAAGCUCAGAGUGGGGCUGGAGUUUCAAGUUAUAAGGGAGAGGAGGUUUGGUCAGGGGAUGCCAGCCUCCAGCAAACAAGUGUCCUGGGCCCAGGUGAUGGAUGUGGCAUGAAGCCAGAGGGGAAUGCUAAUGAGAUCCAAGGUGUUGUGGCCAACUGCUACAAGGGGAGACCCGGCUCUGGUGGGAGCUCAUUAGGCAGCAUGUCCCACCUGCUGAGCUGCACAGAAACCAGCGCCAUGUCUGUCCUGCCACAGACCAGCACUCAUUCUCAGAUUGGCAAAAAGCCUCUUAGCAGUCAGGCGCCCUGCCGUCCAUCUGGGCAAACAAUCUUCAAGGGCCAGUUCCACUGUGGAGAGAUGGAUGAAUCUGGACAUUGGGAGGAGAUCCUGGGAGUGUGUGCAACUCAAAACUCGAGGCUGGGCUCUUUAGUCAGCAGAGUUUCAUGGAUGGUCCAGGAUGCAGGGCGUCUUCUUUGGAGCUCUUGCACAGUUUUGCAGCAGGUCAGGGAAGAGGGACUUCAGCAUUUUUGGGCCUGCCGUGUUGCCUCUCUGGUCAGGGAGAGUAAUGUUGUGUCUGUGGUCAAGGACAGCCAGGUGUUCUCCAUGGUGGAAGGGAGCUUUGUCUUCUCUUUGAUCAAGGAUAGUCAUAUAUUUUCAACAGUGAAAGAACUAUCUCUCAUACAGCACAUUCAGAUGGUGAUAACUCAACAACUUCAGCCUGAGGAAGGAGCUGAUGUUAUUAAUCCUGACACCACACGACUCCCAGUCCUGACACCAGCACAAACCUUUAGCAAAGUAAAAGAAUUUCCAGAUGAUGGGCCACUUAUCCCAGAAGAUCCCUGGUCAAAGAAUAAGAGUUUUGGGGAUCAGUCACAAGAGCAACACAUGGCUGAUAUUCAUGUAAAACAAGGAGCCAAACUGACCACAGAGCUGCUGCCAGUGAAACACAUCAGUGAGCUGGGUGCUACCUAUGUGUCUGAUGACAAAGAUCGGGCAAUGGAGAACUCUGUUGAGACUGUGUCGAACCAGAACGAUGUCCAAAUCUUCAGACAAAUGCUGAUACAAUUUCCGGAUUCCCUUUCAAAUCUGCAAACUCUUCCAUUGCUAGACAUGAUGAAUGUUUUGGAUUCUAUCAUCCCCACCCUAGUGAUCACCACCCAGAAGAUUGUAGCACUCUUUUGGCUCAACGUGGCUAAAUGCAGCCAACCUGAGCCCUGUCCUGCCCUCCUGAUCCUGGCCGAAACUGGUCUCUAUACCCUGACCUCUGACUUGGGGCCCCUGAUUUUGUUCCAUCACCUUCCCCUGUUGCAGCUGAAGGAGGUGCAGAUAGGCUUAGCAGGCGGGAGUCUGCGUUUGAUGGGCACCACAGAAGAGAGUAUCCUGGGGGUCUAUACUCACAGUCAGAGGCUCACCAGAGAGCUGUGCUGGGCCAUACUCGAUGCCAUCUGCCCUGGGGACAGCAGGGUCUCUCAGCACCCAUUGCUCCAAGGAGACUUGAUGAAGAUGUCCCUAGACUGGCAGGCGUGUGUACCUGACCUGUUGAUGGAUGCUGGAUUUAAGGUUUGCUGCCAGUUUCAAAAGAGUCUUGCUGAUCUGGUUUACCUUCUUCAUUGUAACAUGGAUAAAAAGAUAGUCCCUAUAGGAGAGGUACAGCUACUUCAGUACACAAGUGUAAGGGUGUGCAUCUGCCCCAGUACCUGUGCUGAGCCUCUUGCCCAGCUUUUUCUUACUGAUACCCACCUUGGUCUGGUACAGGAGGAUGCUGUCUUUCACCCAACUCCAAGCUGUGUCACCAUGCAGCCCUCUCGUCCCCUAUUCCACGACUUAACUCUUCGUCAGCGUUCAGAUGUGCGCUGUGUGCUGGUGCAUGAUGAAGACAAGUGUGGAGCUGUCAGGCUGGAUGUAAUCCUAGCAAAUGUAAGGAGCAGGGGUCACCCUGAAAGCGUGACUGAAGAAGCUUCCCCGCCUGUAAAAGCUUCAAAUUCCUCUCCGCAUGCAGAAGUGUGGAAAUUAACUUUCAGUUGCUCCACUGAGGCUGCCUGCCUGAUUAAUCACUUGUCAAAUGUCUGAUCAAGGACUGAACAACCAGUAAUGAACAGCCCAGCAAGAAAACUCAUUCAGAGGGAGCAAUGGCAAAAGUACAUCCCUACAGACAGUUCAAAGGACAGAUCCACUGUUAAAAAAGUGAAAACUAUGAUCUGCUUUGAAGUUUCUGCAUUGAUUUGUUUCUCUACAAGUUUCGGUCAUUUACCCUUCAUGGCGUUAGUACUUGAAUAUUUUAUCUUAAAACACUUUUCAACAGAACAAUUUCUUUGUUCUUAUGUUUUUUUUGUUCUUUACUCACCACCUCCCCAUUAUUUUGUCAAAGAAGUGUGUUAAAUGUUUUAAAUAAUCAGGGGCCGAAGGUUCAACACAGGAUUAAUUCCUAUUUGUAAUACUUUUGAAGGAUUUUAGAUGCCUAAUCUGACAAAAUUAUCCCACUGUCAUGGUUACUUAAAUUGUAUAUCAUUGUAUGACAUAUGUAUGUGAAGUUGUUGCAAGUUUUAAAUAUUUUAUACAAAAUAGAUCUUUUGAAAU